AUGUCUCAUACCUGCAUAUUUACGCAGAUUCUCGUUUUCUGGGGUUCUCACGCCCCGUCUUACUCGCAUUGCGCGGCUGCCGUCACAUCGAAACACAUCGAUAACUUUGCUAUGGACCAGAUCCUACACGAUCUUCUCAAGACGAAUGAUCCUCCAUCCAAUGAUAUUAUUCAGCUGAUCCGAGGCAUCCUUUCUGAACCGAGGAGGCAGCUGGAGGUGGUAAAGGCUGACAUCCAACGCCUUGAAGAAAUACAGGCUAAUUUAGAAGCCACGAUUCACCGCUACGACCCCAUUCUGAGCCCAGUUCGUCGCAUUCCCCCUGAUAUCCUCUCCACAAUCUUUAUGUACUGCCUACCGAUGGAUCGAAAUCCAGAUAUGCGUGCGUCAGAGUGUCCUAUGCUCCUGACUCGUGUCUGUAGCGCAUGGAGGUCUCUCGCACUGUCUUUCCCUCGUCUCUGGACCCAGAUACACAUACCAUAUCUUCAUUUAUCAACUAUUCCGCCGCGGUUUCUCUGGGAGGAUGCACCAAUUCAAGAUGAUGUAGACUUUGGUCAAAGUUCCGCCCCAGCAUCCCAGCUGAUUGAAACUCUUCGGCGUCGAUGCGAGGGAGUCCAAGAAUGGCUGACUCGAUCAGGAGAGUGUGCAUUGAAAAUCUCUAUAUACUAUCACACGCAGUUCUCCUGCAACCGUGAUACCUAUGGAUGGUCCAAGGACUCAACCACCAGCAUAUUUCUAUUAGCAGCUAUCAUGCCCUUUGCAUCACGUUUUAGAGAACUGGAGCUAGACUCCCCGGAUAAUAUCUACUCAAUCUUUGAGACCGCGCUAUCAUCAUGCAUCCUCACCAAUCUUGAAAAAUUGAAGGUGUCCCUCAAAGAUCCAUAUAUUAAAUAUAAUAAUCUAUCACUACCCCAAAAUCUCUUCGGAGAUGCGCCUAGCUUACGCUGUGUAUCGAUGAAUAGACUUCCUGACAAAAACAUCAAUUCCCUAAGGACCAACACUUCAUGGAGGAACUUGACCUCGCUUUCCAUCUUUUUCGGCUGUACACAGCAUCAAGUUAUGAUUCUGUUGGAGCGUUGUCCAAACCUACACCGUGCCCACUUUAGAAUUGUAGAUGACAAUGCUUCGUCGUUCGCGGAAUUUGCCAACGAUGUUAUACUGCCGAACCUCAAAUAUCUGUGGAUCAUUGAAGAACGAAUCAGCAAUCGACCCGGUGAUGAUAUGGUCUACAAUGGGUUGUACAAAUAUAUACAUGCUCCCCGACUACAGUAUCUCCAAUGUCGUGGAUCUCGCGAAUUGGAGCCGUCGGCCGCAUCACUCGAGUUGUUCCUGAAAAGAUCAACCCAAUUAGCGCAAAUCGGCUGGGUACAAAUGUAG